AUGAGGCUCAUCUCUUGGAACUGUCAAGGACUCGGGUCAUCUUUGACAGCAAAGGCACUUCGACGGUUAUGGCGUAAGUAUGACCCUGAGAUUAUCUUCCUUAUGGAAACUCACCAGAAGGAGCAGAUUGUCUCUUCUUGGAAAACUCAGCUUAAGUUUGACAACUACAUUGUAGUUGACCCUGUAAAUACUAGCUCUGGGGGCUUAGCCAUUUUGUGGAAUUCCUCUGUUCAAGUGUCUGUUUUGCAUAAUAUCCCUAAUGUCAUUGACACUAUGGUGUACUUUGUAAAUGAGGAUUUCCGUUGUAACAUAUCUUGGGUGUAUGGCAACCCUAAUGAAAAUAAAAAGAAGUUGUUUUGGUGUUACAUGUGUAGAUACUUUUCAGCUCGAUCUCUACCUUGGCUUUGUUUGGGGGAUUUUAAUGAUAUUCUUUGGUCUGAUGAAAAAUGGGGAGGCUGUCCCCCUCAAAAAUGGAGAAUGGCUCUUUUUCGUAAUUUCCUAAAUCACAUUGGUCUCUGUGAUUUACACUUUCAGGGCCCUUGUUAUACAUGGUUUCGUUUUCAGUAUAACCAACUGGUUAUGAAGGAAAGAUUGGAUCGUUGUUUAGGCAAUGCUGAGUGGUGCGCUGCUUUGCCUCAGUCUCAGGUUUUCAAUUUAUUGAUUGUCGGCUUUGAUCACCGACCCCUACUGUUUGAUUCUCAUCCAAAUGAAACUCACACCCCCAAAAUUUUUCGUUUUGAACAUAUUUGGACCUCAGCAGUCUCUUGUGAACAGAUCAUUGCUGCUGCCUGGGUAUCUGCUCCAACUAACCUUGCAAUGCCUAUCUGGGUGGCCAAUCUUAAGGCUUGUCAGAAAUCCUUAUCCAAUUGGUGCUUGAAGACUUUCCCCAACUCUCAUAAACAGGUUGAUACUCUGUUCAUCCAACUCAAUCAUUUACAUAAUAGCUCAGUCCCUUAUGCAGGCUCUCAAAUUCGGGAUGUUACACAACAGAUUCAAGAUUUAUGGGUGCUGGAAGAAAUUUUUUGGCAACAACGUUCAAGAAUUUCUUGGUUAAAACUUGGUGAUAACAAUACCAAGUUUUUUCAUCAAUCCGCUACUCAACGGAGACAACGUAACCGGAUUCUUCGUCUUCGAAACGCAAAUGGUUUGUGGCUAGACUCUGACAUGUCUAUAGCUGAUACUUUUCUUCAGUACUACAAGCAACUGUUCUCUACCUCAGGAGCAAGAAAUUUGGCUGACAUUCUUUUGCUUUUUGAUCCGGUUGUUACCCCUGCAAUGAAUGAUAAUAUGUUGGCUCCUGUAACAUUGGACGAAGUCAAACAAGCCAUUUUUGAAUUGGGGGCUCUUAAGGCUCCUGGACCAGAUGGCUUCCCUGGCAUAUUUUACCAAACUUAUUGGAGUAUUGUGAACUCGGUGAUUCAUCAAGCUACCACUUCUUUCUUUCAAACAAGGAAUCUUUUAUCAGAGUUAAACAAGACUUAUCUGGUGCUGAUUCCGAAGGUUCCUCAUCCAGAGCAUGCUUUUCAGUUUAGACCAAUUGGGUUGUGCAACUACUCCUACAAAAUUUUGUCUAAGGUAAUGGCCAAUCGCUUGAAGCCCUUUAUGCCAGAUUUAAUUUCUGAAAACCAAGCUGCCUUUGUCUCCGGUCGACAGAUUCAAGAUAAUGUGGUCAUAGUACAUGAAAUGUUUCAUCAUCUGAAGCUUCUUCGAAAUUCUGGAAUGGGAGCUCUUGGAUUGAAAUUGGACAUUACAAAGGCUUAUGACUCUGUGGAAUGGGAUUUUCUUCGUGCUGUGCUUCUCAAGUUGGGUUUCCAUGUUCAUUGGGUUAUGCUUAUUAUGAAUGUGUUCGUUCAGUUAUGUUCUCUGUUUUGGUAA